GCGUGAUGUGAGAGUGACCAGUGCUGUCCCCCAAGAUGGCGGCGGGCGCUCAAUGAGCGUGGGUGGUGGCGGCGCGAGCUCGGAGCAGGGGAGCGAAGGCCCCGCGCCGCUCAACAUCCCCCCCCCCGGGGCCCUAGGAUGGUAAAAUGACCCAGGGGGGGAAGAAGAAGAAACGGGCCGUGAACCGCAGCAUCAUGCUGGCCAAGAAGAUCAUCAUUAAGGACGGCGGCACGCCUCAAGGAAUAGGUUCGCCUAGUGUCUACCAUGCUGUCAUAGUGAUUUUUUUGGAGUUUUUUGCUUGGGGACUUUUGACAGCACCUACUUUGGUGGUGUUACAUGAAACCUUCCCAAAGCAUACAUUUCUAAUGAAUGGCCUAAUCCAAGGAGUAAAGGGCUUGUUAUCAUUUCUCAGUGCCCCUCUCAUAGGUGCUCUAUCUGAUGUUUGGGGACGAAAGUCCUUCUUACUCUUAACAGUAUUUUUCACUUGUGCACCAAUUCCAUUGAUGAAGAUCAGCCCAUGGUGGUACUUCGCUGUUAUCUCUGUUUCUGGGGUUUUUGCAGUGACUUUCUCAGUGGUGUUUGCUUAUGUAGCAGAUAUAACCCAAGAACAUGAAAGAAGCAUGGCCUAUGGGCUGGUUUCAGCAACUUUUGCAGCAAGUUUAGUUACCAGCCCAGCUAUUGGUGCCUACCUUGGUCGAGUCUAUGGAAAUAGCUUGGUAGUGGUCCUAGCUACAGCUAUAGCUUUGUUGGACAUUUGUUUUAUUCUUGUUGCUGUACCGGAAUCGCUGCCCGAGAAGAUGAGGCCAGCAUCAUGGGGAGCACCCAUUUCUUGGGAACAGGCUGACCCCUUUGCAUCACUAAAGAAAGUGGGUCAAGAUUCCAUAGUGCUUCUAAUCUGCAUAACAGUCUUUCUUUCCUACCUCCCGGAGGCAGGUCAAUAUUCCAGCUUCUUCCUAUACCUCAGACAGAUAAUGGGAUUUUCACCUGAAAGCGUUGCAGCAUUUAUAGCAGUUCUUGGGAUUCUGUCCAUUAUUGCACAGACAGUAGUUUUGAGUUUACUUAUGCGGUCCAUUGGAAAUAAAAACACCAUCUUACUGGGUCUGGGAUUUCAAAUAUUACAGCUUGCAUGGUAUGGUUUUGGCUCGGAGCCUUGGAUGAUGUGGGCAGCAGGGGCUGUUGCAGCAAUGUCUAGUAUUACGUUCCCAGCAGUAAGUGCACUAGUUUCACGAACUGCUGAUGCUGAUCAACAGGGUGUUGUUCAAGGGAUGAUAACAGGAAUUCGAGGAUUGUGUAAUGGUUUGGGACCAGCACUUUAUGGUUUUAUAUUCUACAUAUUCCAUGUAGAAUUGAAUGAACUCCCAAUGACUGAAACUGAGUUGGGAGGUAACGUGGCCACACAACACCAUUCACAACAGACCACUUGCAAAUUGCUGAGGGUCUCAGUGGACCACUUAGUGAUGUUUCCAAAUGUUUGUUCCAUUAGCUAACUAUUGUAAAGCACUUUGGAUAAAAGUGCUAUAUAAAAAACUUUAUAAUUUUAAGGGGUUUUUUGUUCUACAAAUAAAAGCACACCACUCGUAUUUUAAUAAUAGUAUUACCUUUCUAAUGUGAUGAAUAUGCCCUCUCUCUCCUGUCGCGGCAGACCCCGAGCUGGGGCUCGGAAGGAGGGGUGGGGGAGGGUCUCUUCCCGCCAUGGCAGCCCUGGAACUGGGGAAAGUCACCUCUUUUUUUUUUUUUUUUUUUUUUUCUUUUCUUUUUUCUGGCCAUCGCAGCCCUACAUGUCCCAAAUUCUCCCCCACUUCUCACCCACUGCCCCCUCCCACAUACCCCCUAUUCCUCUCCAAGGCUACCACCUCACCUUACAUGUGCGUCUUCUCCAGGCACCUAAUUAGGGGAGCCACGCCUUCGCAGCUCCACUAAUUAGAGGGGUGGCCCUUCAUUCUCUCGUGUGGGGCAGCCCAGGCACCCAUCUUAGAGGGAACUAUGCACACCACAUGAAUAGAGCUUGCGGACCACUGGUGAUCUGUGGACCACAGUUUGAGAACCUCUGUCCUGGACCUUGGGAAGGUGGGCCGGGGGGGGGGAAGUAAAUUGGAUACUCUAGUUCAUCUCGCUGCCAAUUCAGGACUGUACCCUGUGGCACAUUCUACAGUGCUUUAGUCAGUCCAGCUUUAAAUGAAUCAAGCAAAGGGACUUCUCAAACCACUUCUAUUGUGAGACUCUUGACCUCUCUAAUAACUCUUGCAAUUAAGACAAUCCUCUUGAUACUGAGCCUAAAUUUUCCAGUGAUUGAUUGAUUUGAUCCCGUUGCUCCUUUGGAUCGCCCUAAAAAGAACCCCAUUGGUUCACAUUUUUAAACGCUUUCUAUUCUCAGUCUUCUGACCAAGUUACACAUCUCUUGAUUCUUUCCUUGUAUGUUGGUCUCUUUUUUGCCUGUUAACUUCUGCUUUUCUCUAAAUUUUCUUUAACUUGUAAAUAUUUAUUUCUGGUAUUAAUGUGCCCAGAAUUGUAUCUUAUGUCUAGUGAAUAUUUUUAAAACACGUGAUUUAGACUGGACACUAAAAAGCUGAAUAUGCUUUGCUGUUUUCAUACUUCCUUGUGGCGUGCUUCUUGUCAGGGCCUUACCACUUCCUUGUAGCACUUUCUCCUCUUUAUUUGACAUUGCAAAACAUUCUGACCUGUCAAUAUGCCUCUGCCUACAAGGAGGCAGAAAUUGCCAUUUAUGGUCAUAGAUACCAGCCUAUGCACUACUUCUUCAUUCCUUGAAAGCGAGUGCCAGGUCUGGUCCUUCCAGCUAUCGCUUAUUAUUUUUAAAAAUAAAUAUCUAAAACACUGCUGCAAAAUAAGUCUACGAGUCAGUCUUUUUGAUGGUGUGGUGAAAGACAAAGCUUCAAGAUCUUGUUGUCCUUUAUUUACACUUGACUGGAGAGGGGGAUUGGGUUUACUCAAUUUACUUUAAGUAUUAAUGUUCAUAUUGCAUGAAUGAAAAGAGUAGAACCAUAGAAUGAAAUUCAGACAUAAAGUAACUUUCUGGCUGAGAUGAAAAAUAAGGACCACAAAUUAGAUCAUAGUCCCUUUUGUAUAGUUAAAUGACUUCUUAUGGUGUCUAGGUCUGUGAACACUGUACCAUUGUAAUGUCUACAACAGGAUAUAUUUAAGGGUGGGUGAAGGAGAGUGUCUUCUGCUUUUGUAUUUUCUGUUUAAUUCACAGUCCUGUUUAACUUUUUUUAAAUAGUAGUAAAUACCUUGGCUUUGCUUGUUUAAAUGUAGCUGUUAGCUACAUUUGAAUUGUGGGGGGACUGAUUUAAGAUCUCGAUAAUCCUAUUUUCUCUCUCUCGCUCACGCACCCCGCUCUCAGGAAAGGUGAAAGGAGUGGGGAAGCAAGUGUCACUAACAGUUCAUUCUCUUCAUAACUUGCUGUAAUGCUGCGCAUAUCUGAGAAUUGCAUGGUGAAAGAGCAGUCUGUUAACUUUUUAUUUCAGUACCUUAUGCACAUUACUUUCUCUGUCUUCGGGCUUGUCUCUACCGCAACAGUGAGUUCAAGUUUCUCCACUAUAGCCUAGUUCCAGUGAGAGUGACCACAUUGUUGAUGCAAUAUUUGAGCUACACAGAGCGAAUGGAUUAGCAGUUGAUGUUGGAUUACUAUCUCCAGUGUCAGCAGCAUUCGUGUUUCAACCUACUCCCAGUCCCAGAUGGGCUAGCAAGCUAGAGAUUUGUGUGUUUGAAAGGAGCUGGGUUAGGGACAAAGCGAGUUAUACCUCAGGUUAACAAGACAGUGAAGACCAACCCUAUACUUCAUCUGGUAGCUACAGUGAGUUUUUAACUACUUGGCUGGAAAUAGCAGUUCAGCUGUAUGAUUCUCUAAGUUUGUAUUUCUGGCAGGUAAGACACUAGGCAGUGGCAUGUUUCCUGUGAAGUUAGAAGAGAAUUUUGCAGUUUAAAAAACACCCAAAGAGAAACUCAUCUAACAAGUUUCUCCUCUUCUGGGUUUCCUCCCUCAACCUUUGAAAAUUACUAUUGUUCAUCUAUGAAUAAGGUUUACUAGGGCUGGGUAUUGAAAUAGCCCACUCAUUAAGAGUGUUCUGCCCUAAACUAAUUAAAUUGUAAAAAUUUUUAAGUACAGAGCCUGAUGUGAAACAAUCAGUGUCUGUGAACUAUGGAUUUACUUAACUGUUCAUCUAGAAAAUAAAUGUUUUUGUUGUUUUCAGAACUCCAUAAUUCCUGGACCCCCAUUCUUGUUUGGAGCAUGCUCUGUGCUGCUGGCUUUGCUUGUUGCCUUGUUUAUUCCUGAACACACCAAUCUAAAUGUACGGUCCAGCAAUUGGAAAAAACACAGUGGCAGUCAUGGUCAUCCACACAGUCCACAGGCCCCUGGUGAGGCCAAAGAACCUUUAUUGCAAGACACAAAUGUAUGAUGACAAAAUCCAGAAAAACGUUUUUAUAUUUCAUAGGUCUUGUUUCCAGUUCUGGAUACAUUCCAUUUACAUAAAAAAUGUAAUUUCUUAACGUUCUCUUCAGAAACGUAUCUUUCUGCAUGAAAUUUUAGGAACUAGACACAGAACUGGAAAUUUCUCCAAAGAUGUUACAAUUAAAUUAACUUGCUUUUAAAAAGAACAGACUAAGCACUGGUCUCAUACUAUUAAUAUAAUUAACCUUUUCAUCCUGGUUCUGAGACAAAAAGGAGAACAUAUUCAAGGUAUCAGCAUGUGUCCCUGUGUCCAUUUCCUUAAGGUGUAAAGCUUUAAUUCUCUUCAUGCUAAGUCUCAAUGAGACAUACUAGCAUAUUUGUGGACCCAUUCAUUUUAUGUUGUAAAAUUUUGGGUCAGAUGGUACAAAGCCUUAACGUAAAUGCACUCAAGUAAGGAAAAGGUGAAUUGGUUUCAUUUUAAAAACACUGUAUGGGAGGUUUUAUUAAGUUUCUACUAAUACAAAAUCAUGUGGUGAGCACGCUUGCUGAACAGUAAAAUUUCUUUGUUUAAGUGCAUUAGUCUAAUUCUUCCUAAUUUUUGGAGUACAAGAUAGUAUCAAACAGUAUUUAAAUUAGGGGGUCUUUUGAGCCUAUAAGAUUUUAAUAUUGGCUCUAAAACUGUUUUCUCAAAUACAGUUUGUUUAUACCACUAUAUUUCUGAUGUUUGCGUAAUCAUAAGGACCUCAAAACUUGAAUACACAAACUGAAAUAUAAGCUGAUAGCCUUGAGAAUGUCCGUGUGCUAUAUAGUGGCCUUUCAGGACUGGCUAGUAACUUUUUACUUUUACAGAGCUAAUGUUUUAGUCCUAAAUUUUCAGGACCCUAGUACAGGAGAAAGCUUUAUACAGUUACUGAUGUGAAUUUCUCUAAAAAUGUAUAUUUUUGUGUCCAGUUGUAUUAUUUAAACAAGUAUUCCUUUGUAUAAAUUGUGUAUAAAGUAUAGUUUAAAAUGUUUUCAUUUUGUGGUUACUGCUUACUGGUUUUUUAACUUUGAACAUGCACCGUGGUUGAUGGAGUGCUGGAAAAUGUGUAAAUAUGUUAAUAAAUGAAUAUUUUAAUGAA